AUGCAAGUACCAAGAUUGUACACCAACGCUGUGUUUGCGGGUUACAGAAGAGGACAGAGAAACAUUUACCCGAAUGUUGCUAUCCUCCACAUCGACGGUGUGAACAUGAAAGAAGAUACUGCGUUCUACCUCGGAAAGCGCUGUGCUUACAUCUACAAAGUCGCAGUUAAGAAGGGAAGCAAGAAGCCAGCUGUUAGAGCUAUCUACGGUACAGUCGUCGCUGCUCACGGAUGCGCUGGUGCAGUGAGAGCUAGAUUUGCUCACAACCUCCCACCAAAAGCUAUCGGAGAAAACGUUAAAGUCUUCCUUUAUCCUUCGAAUAUUUAA